AACAACAAUUGCACCGCCAUUACGGUCAAGGCAUCAUCUCUACAGAUGUCGGUCUCGCCGUGGCAUUUUUCUUGCUUUUGUGUCAUAUUUCUCUUGGACGACGCGAAGCCGUGGUUGAUCCCUGCGAGUGCAAUCUCCCCUUUGCGUGCCUGUGUCACCAAGAUGCUUACCCAGCCAGGCACACAACCCAAGAAAGAACAUCCAGUCCUACACUACACGAUGCACAAAUUCCACUACGCUUGAGUCACUGCGGCCCAAAUCACACCACACUGGUACUGAGUGGUCGUACGUACCAUCCAGGGCCAUGUCAGCCUCUGGAAGCGAACUUCACGACGCCAUGCAGCACCAUUACACCAGCCAAGGCCGCCAAUGCGGCAUAUGCGGCCGGCGAGUUCUGGGAUCGGCGUGGCACCUGUCUCGCCACGUUGCUACGCGGCACACAGGGGCAUCUCACGUUCUGACGCCUCCAGACACAGACCCGACUCUCAACGUCGGCUUGGCCGCGCGAGCCUGUCGGCAGGCUCUGGCCAAGGACGAGACGCACGAGGCAGACGACUUGGAGCUCGCGCGGCAGAUGAUGCACUCGACGCCGGCCAGGCUCAGGCAUUACGGCGGCGUCUUCGCGAAGGGACCUCUCGCCGGCCGCCGUAUGGCUGGUCUUCCGCGAUACUUUCACAGCAACGGCCGCCUCAAGGAGUGCUACACCUACCUCAAGCCCGACAAGCCGGAUGGAAGACGGACCCUGCGGAGGAAGAGACAUGCGCCCUCGCACCCCAACAUGUCCUGGAUGGAGCGAGACGAAGGCGGCUCACCGCUGCUCCCGUUUACGGAGAUCCAGGCAAACCUCUGGACUCCGUCCAAGUUCGACAACUGGCGAGGGCCCUUCCGCAUCGACGCCCGAAAGGAGGAUCCGUCGAGAGUCGCCAGCGGCGACAAGCAAUGCGACCUCUGCAGCGGCUCAUUCUGCGACUGCAUCACGACUCGAAUCCGCCCCGGCCCCUGCCCAAGAGUCGUCCCUUCAGACAACAUAGGUGACGGCGUCCAGGCCUCUCAGCGCUACGAGGCCGGCGACCUGAUGGGCGAGUUCGUCGGGGAGCUGGCGCCACUGGACCACUACGACGACGGAUACGCGGCCGAGUUACACCGCUACGACCUUGCCUCGAGCGGGAGAGGAGUGGCUGCGUGUACGAUUCACCCGCGGCACUAUGGCAACUGGUCGCGCAAGGUCAACCAUGCGUGCGAUCCCAACGCCUGUCUCGAGAGCAUGAAGGUGUCGGGGCGUUGGCGGAUUAUGGUUAAGGCCGUCAAGGACAUCGAGCCAGGGAGUUGGGUCGAGAUCGACUAUGGGAGGUCGUAUUGGAGCCAGUCUCCGGAGCCUUGUCGAUGUGGGAUCGAGCGAUGCUACAGCCGGGAAACAUAG